CUCAUACACAUUCACUUUCACAUCACAAACACAGCAACAAAAUUAUAAGAGGAUAAAAUGGCGAGUAAGAAGGUGGGUGUGAUGGUGAUGAUGAUGAUGAUAGUGGUGGUGAUGGCUAUUUUUGCCGAGAGGUCAGUGGCGAUUGAUCUUUGUGGCAUGACCCAGUCAGAGUUGAAUGAGUGCAAACCAGCGGUGAGCAAGGAGAAUCCAACGAACCCAUCAACGCUUUGCUGCGACUAUCUGAAACACGCUGACAUCAGCUGUCUUUGCGGCUACAAGAACUCUCCUUUGCUCGGUUCUUUCGGUAUUGAUCCGGCGCUCGCUGCUGGACUCCCCACCAAAUGUGACAUGCCCAACGCUCCAACUUGUUAAGCUUUAUGUGUGUUUUUGUCUUUCUCUAAAAAUCAUGUGUUAAUGUUCUCCUUUUAUUUUAAUUACCAAGAGUUUAUUGGGUAAACCCAAA